AUUAAGCCUCUACUGCCCUUAAACCCCUCGAGUUUUGCUUGUAUAUUCAGUUGGUCUCUGAUAUCCCUGAUUCUGCAAUGGAUCCACAAUCCAAAGAGAACGAACAAGAAAGCCCAAGAUUUUAUCACUUGGAACUCUAUGACUCGAGCGAGGAUUUAGCAAUGUUUUUGGAAGAGCCCUUCCGAAGACGAGAUCUGGCUUUGCAGGAGAAGAGAGAGACGUCAGCUGGGAUAGGUGAAGAGGUCCAGAACAGCUCGCAGAAGGAUGUGGAGGAACUAGCAAGGCCUGACCAGGGUAAGGAAGCAGAAGUUGAACUUGCCCCUAGUUCUGAGAGUACAGACACGGGACCUGUUGCUACUAGUUCAACUGCAGAUUUGGCAAAGAACGGCCACCUGACCGCAGAGGCUGUACUUACGGAGCAUAUUCAAAGCACAGAGGGGGAGUCAAUCUUGGUCAAGGAUUCUCAAGAUCAACACCCAGACAAAGCUAGAGAAGCGGCUACGGACCAGCAACCCUCCGAGCCAAACUGCCAAGAGAAAGGCAAGGAUGCGUAUUGCAUUAUCUGCUGCAUUCCCAUCACAGCGCAAGGGGAACAGGUGUGCCAUCACCCUGAACAUGAGGUUAUGCCUCUUGUCAGCGUCAUUGAAAUUGCAAAGGAUGAGCUUCAGAAAAAUAUAAGUAAACUGGAAGAUCAGAUUGCUCACCUAGAGAAUUUUUCCAGCCACUUGGAAGAGAUUUUUAUCACCGUAGAGGAGAAUUUUGCCAAGCAGGAGCAGAACUUUGAGAGGCAUUACAACGACGUGAUGCAGACCUUCGAACAAAGGUAUGAAGAAAGCAUGCAGGCUUUGGGGGAAGAGAAAAAGGAGAAGCUGGAGGCCUUGUAUAAGCAAUUGGUCGACUGUGGAGAAAACCUCGACAGCUGCAAAGAGCUGAUGGAAGCCAUUGAGGAUCUCGGCCAAGGUGAAGAUAAACUGGAGGCAUUAAAGACUGCAAUAGCUACGACUCGCAGAUUGGAUGAUUUCUUGAAAAGGGAUGUGGAUGUAGAACUCUCAACACCGGCGGACUUUGAAGAUCGAGUUAUAGAUUUCUCUGAUGUCGGAGAAUUAAUGGAUGCUGUGAAUGCAGUGCCGGUUCUUUCACCUCCGUGUGCCCCAGUGAUGAACUCCCAGGAUCCCAACUCGGCUACUGGUACAUCUGUGAGAGUAUGCUGGAGCUUUUUUUCAGAAGAUAUUGUUGAAAGCUACCAGCUGUACUACCGACGAGUAAGCAACGAUAUGUCAAAAGAUGAGCAAGAUGAGUUCAUGCUACAUGUGAAAGAAACCUAUGCCAUAGUUGCUAACCUGGUGCCUAAUACACAGUAUGAAUUUUGGGUGAGAGCACUCAACAGUGCUGGAGUUGGUGUAGCAAGUGAAAGAGCUGUUUACUUGACAGCUCCUUUGCCACCAAUUAUCAAGAGCAAGGAGGUCCACAGCUGUGAACGUGCGGCGCUGGUAUGCUGGGAAUCUGGGAACACAAAUCCCGUUGACUCUUACACUGUUGAACUGUCCAAGCUGACAGACGGAGCGGAUGGGGACAUUAUCACAGAGUCCAUUGUCGGGAUCCCAAACUGUGAAUCUCUCGUUCAGCUGGAGCCGAAGAUGAACUACCUGCUGUCUGUGAAAGCCAUGAACAUGGGGGGUUCCAGUGAAAGAAGUGAGCCAGUCUCCAUCCUCAGCACCGGUACUUACUUUACGCUGAACGAGGAGACGGCCCAUCCCUUACUGUCUGUCCUAGAAGACGGCUUUACCAUCGUUUGCAGCCAAGUUGACAGUCCAAGAAGCGAUCUGUCCUUUCGCGAAAACAGUUUUACAAGGUCCAUUGCCAUACUGGGAAACCCAAUACCAUUCCAAGGGAAGCAUUUUUGGGAGGUGGAUGUUAAUGACAAUGUCGAAUACCGCAUCGGCGUGGCUUUUGAAAAUGUGUCCAGAGACUGCUACUUGGGGACAAGCCAUGCAUCUUGGUGCAUGAGACACACUGUCACUCUUUCUAGACAUACCUAUGAAUUUCUGAACAAUGGGACGACACCGGAUGUCAGGCUCACAAUCCCCCCCAAGAAGGUCGGCCUGCUGCUGGACUAUGACAAUGGGACACUGUCGUUUUUUAAUGCAGACCUCAUGCAACACCUGUACACCUUCCACAGCAGCUUCCAAGAUUUUGUGUGUCCCUGUUUUGCCAUAGAAGAACCUGGCACACUCAGAAUUCGAAACGGCCUCGCCGUACCCACCUACACUCUUUUAUGAUUAUGGCUAGCUGUCUCGCAUGCCCUGCAUAUGCAAAAAUGAAAAACUCUGCUACGCUCCCUCUUUUUAAACACAGUCCACUUAGUGUACAGACAAGACUCCAUCCAGUACCAGCCUACAUUGUUAUCGUCGUCACUAUGGCUGUAUUCAGAUGUUAUGUCAAAUGUGACUCUUGCACAAACUUAGCUUGUUUCCGUGCCUGCUUGCUGCACAUUUGACUCCAACUUCCCCCACCCUUGGUGCAGCAUAAUGAAGAGAUCCAGGUUUAUACCUGUCCCAUUACCUUCACUGUAGCUUAGCUAGAGUUUGUGCCCCUCCUCUACAAAACCAACAUUUUUCUGAUCCAGAGGAGUUAGUCAUGUUAGCCUGUAGUUGCAAAAUAGUAAAGAGCCCAGCAGCACCUUUAAGACUAACCAACUUUA